AACCCUCAUUUUGAAAGGUAACAAUGGCGGGAAGCCUGGUGAUAACAGAAAAAUGGAUAAAGGAAAAACUAAAUCUUAAAAUAGACUGUUUAGAUGUUGUUCGCUCUCUGACACUCCCCGGCACUUAUCACCAGAAAAUAACUCAUUUGGGCCGCUCAUUGUUAGCAUUCACUCGCCUCAAACAUUUAGAUUUAUCAAGGAAUGCUCUGGAGUCACUUGAAGGUCUUGAUCACUUAAAAGGUCUCGAGACGUUGAAUAUUUAUUACAAUAAUGUCCCAGACCUCAAGGAAGUUUUUCGUCUUCGUCACAACACUCAUUUAAAGGAGAUUGAUAUUCGGCUUAAUCCAGUUACUCAGUCAAGUCCUGAUUACAGGCUCUUCAUAAUUCACAUGUUACUCCGUCUUCAAAUCCUAGAUGAUAGAAAGGUCACAGAUGAAGAAAGAAAGGCAGCUCUCCAGUACUUUGACACUGACCAGGCAUAUGAGCUUGACAGGAGCAUACAGAAAGAGAAUACGCCACCAGUUAAAGACUCAACACCAAAAACAAAUCAUGUUCAAGCAAGAAUGGCUCUCACUCAAUCUAUUGCUCCUCUUAGAUCAGGUCUUGGAACUGAUACUGAAGAGCUACUUAAGCUUUUUGCUGAGAGAGGAGAUCACCUGUUUACAACUGGACAUACUCCUACUCACUCUCUUCCCUCUCAACCUUUGAGAAGAAAGAUACUCAAAGCUACAACACCAUCUCCAGAAAAAAGGAAAAAACCAACUGGAAAACAGAUGAAUUCACCUCCAACUGAUACUCAUCGGCAACCUGGCUAUCACUUUACACCUCAUCCCACUGCUCCAAUGGAUACCCCCAAGACCGAGACAGGACUGCAAACCAAAGACGAACUACUUGAUGAUAAGGAGAGAGAAAUUCUAAGGUUAAGAGAAAGGGUUAGAUUACUUGAAGAAAGACCAGAAAAGGAGCUUCUUCAAGCAGCACACAAAGACAUGGUAGAGCUACAGAAACAAUGUCAAGCACUUUUGGACGAGAAUGCAGUUUUGAGGGAAACACAACCACAAAAAGAUUUUAAGUCUUAUGUUUCAAAUAAAGCUGGCAUUCCUCCUACUAGUGAUAUGAAUGUUGUUCUAAGUAAUAUAGUUAAUCAGCAGGAUGGCAUCAAGGAGACUUUGUCUCAGGUCUCUCACUCUCUCUCUCAACUUCUCUCUCACUCGUCUCAGCUUCAGUCAGUAGUUGUAAUGCUCCAGGAAAGUCACAAAUCUCUUGUAUCAAGUAAUCAUAGGCUAGGGCAGGAACUAGCUGAAACCAAGGAGCGUCAUUCGCAAGAAGUGGCUCAAAUAAGCAAAAACUACAACACACUCCGAUCUCUUGUUCAGGAGAGGCUUCAUAUUUAGAACAUCUGAGAUAAUAGAUCUAUCUUCAUCACAUACACAUAUUUUGCUUGAUAACUAACAAACUAUAAAUUAUAGUAUUUUUUAUAGUUUAAAUUAUAUAGCAACAUUUGAUUGUGUGUAUUGCUUGUGGCGCAUGAUAAAAGAGA